AUGGACACACCGGAAACUAAACACGAGUCUCAAAGUGAUCAAAAUAAUAAUGGAACAGAAACUCUUGUUCCUGACUCUGGUUUGGUUUCCAUCUCCAGCAAUGACAACAGAAAAGUUUCCAGGGAGGAUAUUGAACUUUUAACAACUUACCCAUGGGAUAACCAGUUCUACAACAACCUCCAAUGGGGAAUCCAGGUCAGCCUCAUAUGGAUUCCAUGGGUAUGUCUAGCUGUCAUGUGGUCAAUGGAGUCCCUGCUCCCAGAGUAUGGUAAUGGAUGGCAAUGCUAA